AUGGUAUCCACGCGUAUACAGUGCGCACUGGCGCUCGUAUGCCUAGCGCUCGCCAUCAGCAGCGUAUCUACCGCGCCGUCUGAUGCCAAACUUCGCCAGCUCUUACAGAGGUCCCUUCUCGCACCUGCCGGGAAACAGGAACUUGCCAGAUAUACACUCGCAGAACUUCUGUCAGAGCUCGCGCAAGCAGAGAACGAGGCGAUGGACACUGACGACUUAGCUCGUGGCGCAGAGCAAGACGAGGUGCGUCUGGAGCUGGAGCGAGCCGCUGGUCCCGUGCUGGCUCCACGGGAGCGCAAAGCUGGAUGCAAGAACUUCUUCUGGAAAACAUUCACGUCGUGUUAA